AUGGUGCUUAGGGUUUCUGCUCCUUCGUCGUCUGCACAUUUUGCACCUCGCCUAGGGAUCUUUCCAAUGACGACGUCCUCGACCGCUUCCGCUCUCAUUCUCGCCAUCAUCCUUCUGCUUGUCGCCCCCUUGUCACCUUGGAACUGCGCAUUGACUGGAGAAGGUAACGCUCUCUUCUUCUCUUUCGGUGGGUCGGGGAAAAAUCGGAGCUUCGCCACGGAGUUUGCCCUCUAUGGCGAUGCUGAGAUGAAUAGCUCGGAGGUGAGGGUGACGCGUGCGGUGAACGAGAGCUCCGGGCUUAUGAUUUACUGGAAACCAGUCAGAUUCUUCGGCACCAAGCCCGGGUUCUCUUCUUCCUUCUCGUUCUCUGUUUCGCCCGGCAAUGGUAGAGGCCUAGCUUUCUUUUUAUCUCCGGUCAGCGUUCCCUUGGAACCGGCGAAUGGCAACUGGUCUAGGUUAUCGACCAGUGUCGUUGCAGUGAAGUUCGUGACGACAGCAAGCCUCGUCGAAGUCGAUGUUGGCGGAGAACUUUUGACAAAAAGCAGUAAUCUUUCCGACGAUGGUUUGCUUCUCAUCCUCAGCAGAGGAGAAAAAUUGCAUUCUUGGAUUGAUUACGACGGAGAAUCGAAGAGAAUAGAGGUCAGGCUUUGCCAGGACAAGGAUCUGAAGGAAGCAGCCCCUUCGAUCUCUCACUCUAUCGAUUUGUCUUACAUGUUGUGGAGGGAGGUGUCCUGGGUGGGUUUAUCUUCCUGGAGUGGCAAUUCUAGUCAUGGCAGUAGCAUAUACUCGUGGAAUUUUACAGAGAAGAGUAAUCUCUGUACUUGCACAAUUCUAGUUUAUUCUACAUUAAUGCUUAGUAGCUUCAAGCAUUCAUAUGACUGA